UUCAGGAGUCGCGUCAUGAUGAGGUCACAAUAACGUCGCGGCAGCACGCAGCGUCGCCAUUUUCGCAGCUCUUUGUGCGCCACACUCUGCUAAUAGUUUACGUGUUUUGUCGAGGAUUCGUCGACUUGGGUUUUAAAUAUUUUCUACAAAAUGCAAGGAAACAGAGGCCCACAGCAGAACCACGGGUCUAACCGCCCGGGAGACCAGAAGAAACCCGGAGGAACAAAUGCUAACGGCCAGCAGCCGGAGCACUGCGAUACGGCCAACCCCAACGAGGCCUUAACCCUGGAUCUGCAGAGCUUCAGGAAGCCCGGGGAGAAAACCUUUACCCAACGCAGCAGGCUAUUUGUAGGAAACCUACCAACCGGGGUUACUGAGGAGGACCUCGAGAAGCUGUUCAACAAGUAUGGCAGGGCCAGUGAAAUCUUUAUUAACAAGGACAGAGGUUUCGGCUUCAUUCGACUGGAGACCAGGAUCAUAGCAGAGAUUGCCAGAUCCGAGCUGGAUGAUGCUCCGUUCAAAGGAAGACCCAUUCGGGUGAGGUUUGCAACACACGGUGCUGCUUUAACUGUAAAGAAUUUGCCUGAUUUUGUGUCCAACGAGCUGCUGGAGGAGGCAUUCGGCGUCUUUGGUCAGAUAGAAAGAGCUGUCGUCAUAGUGGAUGACAGGGGGAGGCCCACGGGGAAGGGAAUAGUGGAGUACACCUCAAAGCCAGCUGCAAGAAAGGCUUUGGAUAAAUGCAGUGAUGGAGCCUACCUUCUCACAGCUUUUCCUCGACCUAUCACAGUGGAACCUAUGGAACAGCUCGAUGAAGAGGAGGGACAGUCAGAAAAACUCAUAAACAAAAACCAGCAGUAUCACAAAGAGCGUGAGCAGCCACCACGAUUUGCUCAGGCGGGCUCCUUCGAGUAUGAGUAUGCCAUGCGUUGGAAGGCCCUGAUGGAGAUGGAGAAGCAGCAGUACGACAUGGUGGACCGCAACAUGAAGGAGGCUCAGGUGAAGCUGGAGGCUGAGAUGGAGGCGGCUAGACACGAGCAUCAAGUGGUGCUGAUGAGACAAGACCUGCUGAGGCGGCAGGAGGAGCUGCGGAGGAUGGAGGAGCUCCACAGUCAGGAGGUGCAGAAGAGGAAACAGGCUGAGCUCCGGCAGGAGGAGGAACACCGGAGGCGAGAGGAGGAGAUGAGGAUGCGCAAUGAGGAGAUGCUGAAGAGGCAGCAGGAGGGCUUCAGAGGCAACUUUUCUGAAAAUAGGGAGCAAGACAUCAGGAUGCAUAUGGGCAAUCACGGGAUGAACAGAAACUCGCUGGGUGGCAAUUCUGGUCCGGCAGGUACUCCCGGCAUGGCUGCUGAGAAUGCUCCAAUGAUGCCGGGGCCAGGAAACAACAACAACAACAACAUGCCCGCAGGAGGCCAGGUUGGCUUCCCUAGAGGCCUCCCUGGACCUGGAGACUAUGGACCUAAUAAGCAACGCAGAUUUUGAAUCGCAUGUCUUUUUUUUAUUUUUCACUAACUGUAUUUUAAAGUUCAGGUAGUGAGUUUUACUUUUGAACUUUGAAAACUGUUGCAUGUAUUUUUCUUUUGUACCUGGAGUUGUGUUUUUAGUACUAACAUGUCAUAACCCACAAUGAGCCAUGUCCUUUUACUUUAUCUUUUCAUCUUUAGUGUAUUUUUCAUAGGGAUAGAAAAUAUUCUUGUCCUGGACAUGUUGACUGUUCUGGAAUAAAGUCAUGAUUCCCUAAGUA